AUGCGCAUUCCUUAUACGGAUGUGUUAGCCCCGCCCACCGUCAUUCCAAAAAGUGCAAACACGCUCAUCGGUGCAGUCGCUGCACUGCAGGAGUUCUUGACCGCACCGUCUCCUAGGGGGCUCCUAAAUUCUACCGUUGUACUCACAGGAGCUGGCAUUUCAGUCGCCAGUGGUCUUGCUGACUACAGAGGAACAAAUGGCACAUACCGAGUGAACAAAACAUAUCGGCCUAUCUACUAUUCUGAGUUUGUCCAGAAUCACGAGGCUAGAAAGCGGUACUGGGCAAGGAGUUUCUUGGGUUGGACUACACUGCACAAAGCUAAACCAAACGUUGGUCACUAUGCUAUAAAGGAUCUUGGAUCGUUGGGCCUGGUACAGAACGUUAUCACUCAGAACGUUGAUUCUUUUCAUUCAAAAGUACACCCUCAGAUCCCGACUAUUGAGCUCCAUGGGUACUUGAGAAAUCUGGUCUGCAUCUCAUGCCAUGAGGAGCUACCACGAGAAAGCUUUCAGGGUGAGCUGGCCAGGCUCAACCCUGCGUGGGCAGCAUUUUUGCAAGAAAUCCUUGAGUCAGGGGCUCUUGACACCGAAAACCCCGACGAACGACGAGCAAAGGGGGCGAGAACCAAUCCUGAUGGAGAUGUUGACGUUCCUGGUGCACCAUACACUACCUUUAGAUAUCCUGCUUGUCCUCAUUGUCUUGUCAGCCCACCCAAGACACCUGACGGAGACAGGGCAAUAGUUCAGGUUGACCCAGAUGGCGCAUGGAAAUCAACAAGCACGGCUGGUAUCUUGAAACCAGCUGUGAUCAUGUUUGGUGAGAGUAUCCGCAGCCAGACAAAGCUUGCGGCAGAGCAGGCAGUAGCGAGUGCUAGCCGACUGCUCGUGCUAGGGACAUCACUGGCAACUUUUUCUGCUUGGCGACUAGCUAAGAGCGCAAAGGAUCGAGGUACGCCAAUCGCCAUCGUUAAUCUCGGGGGUGUACGAGGAGAGGAUACGUUCUUCUCUGACUUGGAUCCCUUAGGAAGUGGUGCCCUAGGAGCGAGAGUGGAGUUGUCAACAGAUGAGCUUCUGCCAGCGCUUGUGUCCGAAUUACGGCAAUCUUCGAGCAAUGCCCAUCAGCACAAAGACCACCGCCUUGAAAAGCAUGGAGCUCUUGUGUUCAAAGACAUGUUGUCUUGA